GGAGGAGGAGGUGGAGGAGGCGAGGCGGGAGAGGUCCGCAACCUGGGCAGCGGGGUGUUCCAGGGCGGCAGGGCCAUCGCCCGGGGGCUGUUCAGCGGCGCUCUGGGCAUCGUGACCAAGCCGCUGGAGGGCGCGGAGCAGGGCGGCGUCACGGGAUUCCUAGGCGGGCUGGCAAAGGGUAUCGUGGGGGCCGCCGUCAACCCGGUGAGCGGCACCCUGGAGGCCGUCAGCAAGGUUACCGAGGGGGUGGACGCCACGCGGCGGAACAUCACCGGCGCCGUACUGGGAGCUGGCGGCGGCAGCGGCCGACGAGGCGGCGGCGGCGGUCGGAAGCGACUGCAGCGGGCCUUCACUGGCGACAAUGUGCUUCGCCCAUUCAACCUGCACCCCGCAUUGGGGCAGGCGUUACUGUACUCCGUCGCGAAUUGGACGGCUGGCGGCGGCGGCGCAGCCGCCGCCGACGCAACCGCCGGCAGUAGCAGCGCCACCGGCGGCGGCGGAGGCAGUAGCAGUAGCGCAUUGGGAGGUUUGGUGGGAACGGUGGGGUCAAUGGGGUCAGGCGUCGUUCGCGGCGUGGCGAGUGUGGCGAGUGGGGUUGCGGGAGUCGGCAUUGGCGCCGUCGGCGCUGUCGGCGGCGCCGUUGGCGGUUUGGUCGGCGUGGGCGGGUUGGUUGGCGGCGGCGGCGGCAACCGCCCCAACCUCCGUCGCGACCGUUACGAGGAGCACUGGGUGCUGCCGGGCGGUGUGGUGCUGCUGCUGACGGACCGGCGGGUGCUGGCUCUACGGGCGCCAGAGUUUGUGGCGCUGCAGACCGGGGUGUUAUCCGGAGAGGUAACCCACGUGACGGACGUCCCCGCGGGCGACGCUGUCGUGCUCUGGCACCUGCCCUGGCCCGACAUGCUGUCAGCCGAGCUCGCCUGGCACGCCAACAAGACUCCUACCGCAGCAACUUCAUCCCAGCAACAGCAGCAGCAGCUGCGGCUACAACAACAAGGUAGAGGUAUUGCGGCGAGCCGCGGCGGCAGCAGCGGCGCCGCUAGCGGUGGCGACAGACCCAUGGGUCAACAGCCAGCUGACGGGCUGCUACUGCACCGCAAGCAGCGGUCGGAGGAUGACCAGCUGCUGUACGACGUGCGGUGCUGGCCCGGCUGCUCCCAGGCUGCCGACAUCCUGUCCCGCCUGCAGGAGGUGCGCUACCGCUGCUACCUGCUGCCCCGCCAGCAGGAGCGGGGCUGGAGGGACGGAAACACGGCGGCCACGUCGACGGCAGCAACCGGCGGCACAAGCACAACCGCUGCCGCCCCAACUACCGGAGCAGCAGGGUCCGCAGCAGGAUCAGCAGCAUCAGCAGCAGCCGGCGGCGGAGGUGUCAUCCUGCCGGAUACGGUGCUGAGCCGGGAGUUCCACCGCGUGUGGUCGGCCGCAGGGGGGCUGUGGGGCGGCAGGGGGCUGCCGGGGGUGGGGGGAGGCGGCGGAGGGCGGCCCGUGUCCUUCUGGCGACCCGUGGGUCCGCCGGGGUACACGGCACUGGGGGAUGUGGCGGUCAUGGGUCGUGAGCCCCCUCCGCGCCCCGUCCGCAUGUACAAGGACGCCCCGCCCCUCGCCGCCGCCGCAGUCAACCCCUCAGGCAGCGGCGACGCCCCUGCCAGCGAGCUGCCCCGCCUGGCUCCCCCCGCGGGCUUCACCCUCGUGUUCCGGGACAGCACCCUCUCCCCGCCACUCACCGUGUGGCGUGCGGUGCCGCCCCGGGGGUACGUGGAGGUGGGGUGUGUGGCGUGGCCGGAGAUUGAGGAACCGCCGCUGGGCCUUGUGCGGUGCCUGAGGCGGGAUUUGGCGACCCCUGGGCGCACGUUUGAUGCGCCGGUGUGGGUUGCGAGCAGCGGGGAUAAUGCGUAUUGGAGGGCGAGUGUGUGGCAAGUGGAUUGCGCUGCGGGGGUGUUUGUGGCUGUGAAGGGCGAGGGACGGCCGGGGCAGCACCUGGUGAGGGAGCCGGUGUUUUAGUGCUUUUAGGGGGGAGGGAGGGAGGGAGAUGAGGAGAGGGGAAGGGUGAUGGGCGCGGAAGACGCAUGGGGUAGGAGGAGGAUUCUAGUAUUCUUCUUCUUCUUCUCCUGUUGAGGGUUGAGACUGAAAUUGGAGGUCGCUUACACGAAUUGGCCACGUGGGAGGAAAGGAGACAGAGAGGGGCGAGAGAGAGUACAAAGAACGGAAAAAAUCAGGUUUGUAUUGAGGGUACAGAGGCGGUUGGAGCUUGGGUUUGGUUUGUGGGCAACCUCGUCCAUGUUGUUAUUGUUAUUGUUGUUGGAGGGGGCGGAGGACCCAGUGCUUGCUGGCUACAACGACUUUGGAUGGAUACAGAUGUCGCACAGGUGGUACCUAAUGUAGAGCCCAGACAUGACGCUGCUUUCUUUUACUUCAAAGACCGCGCGCCGGGUGCCCUGCCUAAUGGAACCCCAUUUGUUUUACUGGUUGCGGUUGGUUUGGUUGGCGUUUGCUUGUGCAUGUUUGCUUUGUUGGUUGGGUGAUACAUGCCGGGUGAGAUACAUGCCGUCCCUUGAAAGGCGUUGUGGCUACACUGAGGCGAGCAAUACAGCACGGCUUACCCCGGUCGUGAACUGUCUACUUCCUUCCAUUCCUAUUGGGUAAGACCUUUCCGGUCUACCGUGUCUCCGAGCCAAAAUUCACGGGGAUUUGCUGACACGCAGGAACAAUUUGGUGAACGUGCAGAUGGACAAGGCAUGCAUGCGUGCGCUGACUGCAACCCGUAAUACAGAACCUACCAGCCAGUUGUCUUCACAUAAGGAACUGUCACAGAACUGGUUGGCUUGAAACCAC